ACUAUGUAAUAUGACAAAACUGAGCUCCUUUUUUUCUUAUAACUAAAACCUCUCUCUUUUCUUGCAACUUUUGCUCGGAAUUCUAUGCUUUGUUGAUCCAAUUUUUUUUUUCUUUUUCUCUCUGCAAAAGUAAAGAGAAGCUUUCUUAUGUUAAGCUUCUUCAGAUCUGACAUCUGUUUCUACGAGUAACGGUUGACGGUUCUGUAUCUUUUGUGCUUCCUCUGCGGUUUUUAAGCAGCCAUUGUCACAAGCUCAGCUCUCUAUCUCUCUCUCUCUCUGUGUUUCAAGAUUCUAACUUUGGAGCUAGUAAGUGAAUAAAGAGGAAAAAUGCUGGAGAUUGAAAGCCCUACAAGUCUCUGUUUUCGUUCAAACACUACUUGUAAUACUCUGCUUCGCGAGCUUCAGAAAAUAUGGGUUGAUAUUGGUGAGAGUGAUGCUGAGAAAGACCGGAUGCUUAUGGAAUUGGAGAUGGAAUGUCUCCAAAUUUACAGAAGAAAAGUGGAUGAGGCUGCAAAUUCUAAGGCGAAGCUUCAUCAAUCUAUUGUAUCAAUUGAAGCUGAGAUAGCUUCUUUAAUGGCUGCUCUUGGAGUCUUAAACAUCCAUUCACCGAUCAAAGCAGAGAAAGGUUCAAAAUCAUUGAAAGAAAAGCUUGAUGUUGUGACGCCUCUUGUUGAGGACUUGAGAUUGCAAAAAGAUGAAAGAAUGAAGCAAUUUGUGGAUAUAAAAGCGCAGAUUGAGAAGAUGAGUGGUGAAAUCUCUGGAUACAAUGGCCAACUCAACAAAGCCAUGCUUGGUUCUUUGACUCUUGAUGAACAAGACUUGACUCUUAGGAAACUUAAUGAGUAUCAAACACAUCUCCGCUCGCUCCAGAAGGAGAAGUCGGAUCGUCUGAACAAGGUUUUGGAUUAUGUGAAUGAGGUGCACAGUCUAUGUGGUGUUCUUGGAGUAGAUUUUGGUCAAACUGUUAGCGAGGUUCAUCCGAGCUUGCAUAGGACUGACCAUGAGCAGUCUACAAACAUUAGUGAUGAUACAUUGGAUGGCCUACAACACAUGAUUCAGAAGCUGAAAACGGAAAGAAGAGUCCGCUUUCAAAAGUUAAAGGAUGUAAUGGGAUCACUUUUCGAGCUAUGGGAUCUAAUGGACACACCUCAGGAAGAGAGAGUAAAAUUUGAAAGAGUCAGUUUUGUUGUAAGAUCAUAUGAAUCUGAUAUCACUGAGCCAAAUAUCCUUUCUACUGAAACAAUUGAACAGGUGACUGCAGAAGUAGACUGUUUCAAUAAGCUGAAAUCUAGCAGAAUGAAGGAGCUUGUGAUGAAAAGAAGGACUGAGUUAGAGAAUCUUUGUAGAUUGACUCACAUUGAGCCUGAUACAAGCACAUCGCUUGAGAAGUCAACUGCUUUGAUUGAUUCUGGAUUAGUGGACCCUUCAGAGCUUCUUGCAAAUAUUGAGGUGCAUAUAAACAAAAUCAAAGAAGAGGCACAUAGCCGGAAAGAAAUAAUUGAUAGGAUUGAUCGCUGGCUAUCUGCCUGUGAAGAGGAAAACUGGCUAGAAGAAUACAAUCAGGAUGAAACCCGGUAUAGUGCUGGAAGAGAUGGACACGUAAAUCUCAAGCACGCAGAACGAGCCCGGAUCACAGUAAACAAGAUCCCAUCAAUGGUUGACAAUCUCAUCAAGAAAACGCUUUUGUGGGAGGAUGAAACACAGAAAUCAUUUCUAUAUGAUGGUGUUCGGUUGGUAUCUAUACUUGAAGAUUAUAAACUGACAAGGAAACAACAGGAAGAGGAAAAGAAACGAUACCGGGAUCAAAAGAAGAUGCAGGAUCUUUUAUUAAAGCGGAGGGAAUCCAUUUAUGGAUCAAGACCGAGUCCAAGAAGAAUCAACAGUGUAAAAAAGGAUGCAUUGGUGCCUCCUACGCCUCGCAGAAACUCAGCUGGAGCAACAAAUACCGACAUUAUGACCCCAAGAUCUUACUCGAGCCAUCGCCAAAACGGAUAUUUCAAGGAAGUAAGGAGACUCUCACCAGCGCCGUUGAACUUUGUGGCCAUACCAAAGGAAGAUUCUGCCUCUACAUACAAUUCGGUUUACGGCUCUGAACCAGAUUCACCGUUAUAUAACUAAGUCGUUUCAUAUGCACCGGUUAAGGGUAGUUCGAGCACAUGAACUUGAUAUGGGAGUAGGAAGUUGGGAAAUAGAUGAAUGUAAUCAAAGGAGUUACUGUAGAGAAAUUAGUGGUCGUAUGUGUGUGACUUUGAGUUGACUUGUGAGUUGUGAGACUGAGUUUAGGAGUAGAAAAUGGAUGUUAUGUUCUUAAAGUAGUAGCUUCAAAAAUUUCUUUAAUGUCUUGUUUUGACGUCUUGUUCAAUUUGUGUGGAUUUGCAGAUGUGUGUGUAUAUAUAUAUACAGAUUAAGGAUGGCAUUUUUUGA